AUGUCAUCAUUCAAUACUGCACACCUCCUCUCGCUCAAGGUCAUGCGAGUUUCGCCUUUCUUCUCCACCUCACCGUCUUUCUCUGCCCACUCCUCUGCCUCCAUCCUCUCCCUUCAAGGAAAGGCACCACUUAUUGGCCACCCAAAGACCCUUCGAGAUCUCACGAGCGCAACCGAGUUUCUCACUCUUCCGUCCUCCUUUGGCGCUAUCCAGCUAGGCGAGACCUUCUCCAGCUGCCUCUCCGUCAACAAUGAAGUCAAUAUCGACAUCGAGGCUGUCACCGUGCGGGUGGAGAUACAGACGAUGAACACGAAGACACUCGUUGCCGAACUUGGUGGGCCCGACUUCAAGCUCACUCCUGGGCAGUCGCUGGAGCACGUCGUCCAGCACGAGGUGAAGGAGCUCGGGCAACACGUACUGGCCUGUGCAGUCUCGUACCGGAUGCCGUCCCACACGCGACCGUCAGCAGUCCCUGCUGCACCUGGCGCCGAUCCGAACCUUCAAACCCUUCGUAAAUUCUACAAGUUUGCUGUAACCAACCCGCUGUCUGUGAAAACCAAGGUACACGUGCCCAAAUCACCGACCGCGUCCCUGUUGGAGGCAGAGCGGGAGAAGGUCUUUCUCGAGGUGCAUGUGCAGAACUUGACGCAAGAGCCACUUUGGUUUGAGAAGAUUCGGUUUGAGUGCGCUGAGUCGUGGAAAGCGAUCGAUACGGCUGGUACCGAGCCGUCCAAGAGCUACGACGAGGAGUUGUUCACAGACGAUAUGUCUCUGAUGCAACCCCAGGAUGUCCGCCAGUACAUAUAUACCCUGGUGCCGGCAGUUUUGUCGACCUUUCCCCUUGUGCACCCGCCGGGCACAGUGAUAGCAUUGGGUAGAUUGGACAUCUCAUGGCGCUCACAGUUUGGUGAACUGGGGAGAUUGCUGACAUCUAUGUUGUCCCGACGUAUCCCAUUACCGGCACCACAGCAGGCUCGUGCACCUCCUCCAAUAACCACACAGCAGCUGCAGCAGCCACACCAGCCUGCUUCUGCUGUGCCGUCGUAUCUGUACCGUAGUUCACCAGCGACACCCUCCUCCCCAGCGCGCGCCCUCUCGCCGCAGCUCCCAUCGCGGCCCACCUCACCUAGCAUUCCCUCUCGACCAGGAUCGCCCUUCAACAAGGGACGUGCGACACCAAGAGCUCAGUCACCAAGCAAUACGAGCGUGGGCCUUCCACCGGUGCCCCAGAUCCCGCCAAUACCCGACCUCCUACCAUAUACCGCGCAGCCGCCGAACCUGGACAUCGGGCUCGUGCUGCUCGACAUGCGCCGCGAUGAUAUCCGCGUCGAGCACGCGUUCACCGCGACGUUCCGACUCUCGAUCGGCGGCCCCGCCCCACGAACGCACACCGGCAAACGCAGAAUCGUGCAGGUGGCCGUGCAGCACGUCCAGACGCGCCGCGCUGUGUUGGUGCCCGGGCCCGACGGCACCCUCACGUCGGUCUCGCGUGUGGACGCGUUCGGGUUCCCCGCGCCGUCGCCGACGAUGAUGUCCAGAAUCGCGGAAGCUAUGGAGGCAUCGCCGAGGCCGCUGUACGCGUCCCCGAAGCACAUGAGUGGCGGGAUGCAGCUGCCGUCGCCGUAUGAUGACAGGCCGGGGAUCGAAGGGACGGCAGCCUCGGCGAGUUGCCAUUUCCUUGGCUCGUCGACACAGGUUCUUCCGCCGAUUCAGCUGUCCCUCCCCGAAGGUUCGGCUUCGGAUGCUCAGACGGAGGAUACAGACGGGCCUGAACCCAAAGGUGCUGGCAGCUGGGAGUUCACGCUGGCGUAUAUGCCUACUCAGACGGGGUUUGCACGGGUUGGAGGUGUACGCAUCAUUCUGACGAAAGAUGAGUUGAUCGACGAGGAGGUUGAGCUGAACGAGCAUCUCAGUCAGGGUAGCUUCCAGCCUCGCUUACUGAAGGAGAUCGAAUGCGUGGCAGAAGUAUGGGUCAAUCCUUGACGUGACAUACGUUGUGGAAAAGGUCGUCAUUGAAUAAAUGC